GGAAGGGGCGGUGCUGGAGGCGGUGCCGGUGCCGCACCGAACGCUCGUUGCUCGCGGGAGCGGCCCCGGGAUCUCCCCGUGGCCCUGCGCGGUCAUGGCCGGGUUCAUCAACUUCGCGGACGAGGAGGAGGUGCGGGCGUACCUGGAGAACCUGCACGUGGAGUACAGCUACCAGUGCUUCAAGGAGAAGGACCCGGACGGCUGCCAGCGCUUCGCAGACUACCUGGACGCCGUCAGGAAGGACUUCGCGGCCGCGGCGCGGGUGAUGCGCGACAACUGCGAGGAGCACGGGCACAGCGAGAGCUGCUACAAACUGGGGGCCUACCAGGCCCUCGGCAAAGGUGGACUUGAACCGGAUUUGAAAGCUGCCUACAAGUCUUUCCUGAAGUCAUGUGAGAAAGGUGGGAAGAAGUCGGUGAAUGCCUGUCACAACGUCGGGCUGCUGGCCCACGAUGGGAGAGUGAACAAUGACAAACCCGACCCCGUGGUCGCCAGAGACUAUUACACAAAAGCCUGUGACGGCAAUUUUGCUGCCAGCUGCUUCAACCUGGGUGUGAUAUAUCUGCAGGGGGCACCUGGGGUCCCCAAGGACAUGGGCCGUGCCCUGAAGUACUCCCUGAAAGGCUGUGAGCUGGGCCACGUGUGGGCCUGUGCCAACGCCAGUCGCAUGUACAAGCUGGGAGAUGGCGUGGAAAAGAAUGAUGCUAAGGCAGAGGAUCUGAAAAACAGGGCAAAACAGCUGCAUAAAGAACAGAAAGAAGCUUCGAGUUCUUUGGUGUUUGGGGAGUAAAGUUAGUUGCAGUUGUUAAGACUGCGGUUUUAUUCAAUGGCAAGUGAAAUUAUUUAAAUUGUGAGCAUACGGUUUUCACUUAAAUAAAUAUCCUGUAUUUGGAUAUGCAAAUAAACUUAUAUUUUUGUGGAUGCAGUAAAUGACUAACUGCCGUGCCUUUCUACAUUUUUGAAUACACAAGUUCUUUAAGUGUAUUGAUCAGACACAUCCUGUGUUUUAAGGAAGGUGAGAACUGGCCUGUUGGAAGCUUGUCCCCAUGGUCUCAAGUACAAAGGCUCUCUCCUGUGUCCAGUCCUUCAGCACCGAGGCUUGUGCUCAGAGCAGUUGUAACACAGAAAUCACAGUUGCAGGUAAUCCCAGCCUGGGCACUCAGAACUGUGCCAUGUCCCUCACAAGCACUUGUGGAGCUUGGAUAGCUGCACACUUGGGUGAGCUGCUCUAAGGCAGGGAUGCUCAGCUGUGAUUCCAUAGGCUUAGGCCAAUUCCCAGCUCCUGAUCUCCUCCACUUGCCAGCUGGUUUGUUCACUGUGUGGCUGGGUGCCUUAGGCUUGCUCUCCAACAUGUAAUCACCCCUUAUUUAAUCACACACGAGUUGUUUUACUCUUCUGACUGCUUCUGAAUCCUUAUAUUCUGUUUUUUACAAUACACAUUUAGGGAAUAAGGUGCUAACUGAUCAGAUCUUGGUCUCAAAUCCACAGCUUAAUUAUUUCCAAAGUAAACAUGCAGAUUCUGGAACAGCUGUCCAAAUAAACCAGUGUGUGUUAAUGUAUUCAUGCACUGACAGGAUCCUUUCUAAUUUUGGUGUGUAUAAAUACAUGGGAAGUUUGUGAUAUGUGUGUGUUAUGUUUUGCUGUAAAUUCACCACUGACUUAGAACACGAAUGCUCUGGUCUGAAUAAAGGUACAAACUUAC